CGUGACCCGGCCUCACGUGGGCAAGAUGGCGGCGCCCAGAGCUGUCAGCGUGAUGAGGGGCGGAGUACCAUCAUGACAGCUGUGGCUGCAUCCUGUUUACAAAUUGCUGCUAGUCCCUUUUUCAGUAGUCCUUGUGGGUUUUGCUUUCCCCUAAUAUGGGCAAUUACGAGGAAAUAUUUCUCACGAGCGUGGACUUGCUCUUCUCCUUGUAAUGACAUAGUCCUGCAAUCCAGGAAACAGUGCUGCAUGGUGUCCAUGUCCACGAUUUCCUGAUGUGGGAAAAACGUGUAGAAAGCAUCUGGAGAGGAGGAGACCCCCUUUACCAGCUUGUUUCCUGUUCUGUGACUGGGUGCCACGUAUUCUUUUCUUGGUGCAAUCGUAUCUACCUGCACAGACAGUCAAGCAAUCAACAGCAAAGAUGCUUCUUUUUUCACGAACAAAGAAAUACUGCUUAUAGUAUAGUUUGGCCAGCCACAGUUUCUCCAGCUCACCCAGUUCCUAAGCACAUAAAGAAACCAGACUAUGUGACGACAGGCAUUGUACCAGACUGGGGAGACGACAUAGAAAUUAAGAAUGAAGAUCAGAUUCAAGGGCUUCGUCAAGCUUGUCAAUUGGCCCGUCACGUCCUGCUUCUGGCUGGAAAGGGCUUAAAGGUUGGCAUGACAACUGAAGAAAUAGAUUCCAUUGUUCAUCAUGAAAUAAUCAGACAGAAUGCCUAUCCGUCACCUCUGGGCUAUGGAGGGUUUCCAAAAUCUGUUUGUACUUCUGUAAACAACGUGGUAUGUCAUGGUAUUCCUGACAGUCGACCUCUGCAGGAUGGAGAUAUUAUCAACAUUGAUGUCACGGUGUAUUACAAUGGCUACCAUGGUGACACUUCUGAAACCUUUUUGGUGGGCAAUGUGGAUAAAUCUGGUGAAAAGUUAGUGGAGGUUGCCAGGAAAUGUAGAGAUGAAGCAAUUGCAGCUUGCAGACCAGGGGCUCCCUUCUCUGUAAUUGGAAACACAAUCAGCUCUGUGGCGCGGCAGGGCGGCUUCCAGGUCUGCCCCUUCUUCGUCGGCCACGGCAUCGGGUCGUACUUCCAUGGGCACCCCGAGGUGUGGCACCACGGUAAGCGGCCCUGCCACCCCCUGCACUCACUCCGCCGCCGGCGAUGGAACAGCUUCGGAGGAGAGGCCAAUGACAGCGAUUUGCUAAUGGAAGAGGGAAUGGCGUUCACAAUAGAGCCAAUAAUAAUGGAAGGAUCCCCUGAAUUUAAGAUUUUGAAGGAUAAAUGGACUGCAAUUUCUGUAGACAAUAAAAGAUCAGCGCAGUUUGAACAUACCAUUGUGAUUACCUCAGAGGGAGCAGAAAUACUCUCUAAACUGGUGGAAGAAGCCUAAAGAUGGAGCAAGGAGUGGAGGGACUCACUGUGCUUCUGGGAUUUCCAGUUUCACUCGGGACAGAGAGGAGAGUUCUGUAAUUUCUGCAGAACUCACAGCAGAGGACAGAAAAAGCAGCUGGAGAGGCUGGCUCUGGAUGUAGUCCUUUCUGUGUGUUACCUGGUGAGGAUUUAAUAAAGUCCCUUGGCUUGUUUGUGACCCUGGAA